CGUUUCUCUACUUCUUAAAAUAAUGAGUGGACGCGGUAAAGGUGGUAAAGUUCGUAGUAAGGCAAAAACAAGGUCAGCCCGUGCCGGUCUUCAAUUCCCUGUUGGUCGUGUACAUCGUCUUCUACGCAAGGGCAAUUACGCUGAGCGAGUAGGUGCUGGUGCUCCAGUCUACCUAGCUGCAGUUCUCGAAUAUCUGGCUGCAGAAGUUUUGGAGUUGGCUGGUAAUGCUGCUCGUGAUAACAAGAAAACUCGUAUCAUUCCAAGACAUUUACAGUUAGCCAUCCGCAACGAUGAAGAAUUGAACAAACUUCUUGGUGGAGUUACAAUCGCACAGGGUGGUGUCCUUCCAAACAUACAAGCAGUUCUUCUGCCCAAAAAGACUGACAAGGUCAAGCCUUAAUUUCUCGCAUCUAGAGCGUGAGGAGUAAGAGAACGUGAAACCGGCCCUCUUUAGGGCCACAACCACGUGAUUUGUUUGUCUUUCUGAGUGAUUUCAGUCAUUUUGGUUGCGUUGUAUUAUUAAUUUAUAAUCGAGCUAUUAUGACUGAG